AUGACUGAUAAUAUUAAUAAAUUAUCACAAAAUAUUGAUGGAAAUAAACAGCAACAGACAGCUGCUUCAAUUGUAAAUUUGACAGAUGAUGAUGUGGUUAAAAUCUGGGAUGCAGUAUCGGCUUUUAUUGAAUCUUAUAUAAAACAAUCGAAAGGUAUUAUUAUUCCUGGUUUUGGUACAUUUAGUUUUAUACAUAAACGUAUUGAUGUUGGAAAUAAUAAAUUUUUACUUAUUCAACGACCUGUUUUCGCCUUAUCAGACAAAGUUGCUCAAACACAUGGUCUAAAAUUUACACGUUAUCCUAUAAAUGGUUCAAUACCAGUACAUCCAUUAAAUUAUUUUUAUAUACAAACACAAACAACAUAUAAACGUGAUCAAAUAGAACAAUGUGUUAAACAUGUUUUACAAGUAUUUAAUCGUUCUAUAGCUGCACAACGUAAUGUUGAAUUUACAUUUUCACAUAUUGGAAAAUUACAUAUACGUAAUGGAAAAGUUAAAAUGAAAUUUUUUAAAGAUUUUAUUAGUGCUGUUGAUGAAAAUGGUGGAAAACAUAUCAUUGAGAAUAUGUGCAAUAGACCACAUACAUGUGAUUCAGUUAUGUCGGAACGAGAAGUAACUCGACCACCAUCAUCUUCAAAUGUUAUUCUUCCGCGCCGUAUUGGAAAUUCAUCAAUGCAAGUCAUUCAAGAAGAAAAUCAAGUUGAUGAUGAAGAACAAGAACAAUCACAGCGAGAUACGAUUCUAGUUAAGAAUGAUUCAAAUCAUUCAAACUCUAGAAACGAUGAUUUUAAAUUACCACCUCUUAUUGAAACACCUAGAGGUAGAAUUUUGAAUACACCUGUUUGA